GCCAUUAGUUAUUUAAACACGCACACACAUACACACUCAUGCACAACCACUCACUAGCUGACUUUACAGCGGAAGUCUUUGUCUUAGUUGUCUUCCCUCCCAUCAGAGGACAACGGCACCUUUGAGUUUGGCAGAAGCGUGAAGAUGUCUGUUAAAUCAGACCAUAGCAAGGAUGAGGAGGGGAAUCUUGUGCCGGAGGUUAUGGUUGUGGAGACGAACCGUUUCGGCUUCAUUAUAGGGAAUGGAGAAACUGACAGUGAUGCUCCAUGUCCUGAGUUAGUGAGACACAGAGAGUCCAAGUGGCUCAACCUCAUCACUCAAUGGGAGCAAGUGAUGGAGAAAAAGAGCAACAAGGUCAAAGGUCAGUGUCAGAAGGGCAUCCCAGCAUCCGUCAGGGCGAAGGGCUGGCCACUGCUCUGUGGAGCUAAGGAUAGAAAAGAAAAAAGUCAAGGACUCUAUAAACGUCUCGUCACAGCUCCAGAUCAUCAGGGAUGGACUGAUAUCAUCAAAAGAGAUACAGACAGACAAUUUCCAUUCCAUGAGAUGUUCCAGUCCAAAGACGGUCAUGGUCAGAAGGACUUGCUGGAGGUCCUGAAAGCGUACACUCAGCAUCGUCCAGACGAGGGCUACUGUCAGGCGCAGGGUCCAGUGGCUGCUGUCCUUCUGAUGAACAUGCCUGCCGAGGAGGCGUUCUGGUGUCUGGUGCAGAUUAGUGAGCUCUACCUCCCUGGAUACUACAGCCCUCUGCUGGAAGGUGUUUUAUUCGAUGCUGCUGUCCUCUCAAGUGUGUUAAAAAAACAGUGUCCUGCCGCACACAAACACCUACAGAAUCAGGGGGUGGAGCCUCUCAUGUUUGCCACUGAUUGGCUGAUGUGUCUGUACAGCCGUCACCUGCCCUUCGACACUCUGCUCAGAGUCUGGGAUCUCUUUUUCUGCUGUGGUGUGCGUGUUUUGUUUCAGGUCGCUGUGGUGCUGGUGCGCCGCUGUCUGGGAGAAGGACGCCUGCGGAAAGAGUGUGACGGACAGAUGGAAACCCUGGAAAGACUGCGAGGUGUUAAACAGCGUGUUCAGCAUGAGCAGGCUGAUGCCUUUAUCCAUGAGGUAUGCUCGGUGUCCCUGUCCUUGGCGGACCUGCAAAAACAAACUGAGAAAGAGCUGGAGAAAUGGAAAAAAGAGAGACCAAACUCGACCUUUGACCCGCGAGGACGCUGUCACGGAUACAGAAUGGCAUGGGAGAGAGCACAGGACAAACAAAAGGAACAUGAAAAGAAGGAGCGACCGAAGGGGAGCCUGACUCUUCCUCUCAUGCGCUCACAUUCUUCUCUUUCUCCUUCAAUCCUGCGCAAGAAAUGGAGGAAGAGGAGCAGUAAGACUGACACAGAGGAGUGGGACGGAGGGGGGAGAAAAUUCUCGCAAAGUGUGAUGGAGGAGAGCGACGAGGAGGAGGUGAGGAGGAGGAGUGUGUGCGGUAUCGUCGGGGAGCAAAGGGCCAAAAGGGACAGGCUAGCAGACGAACUCUGCACACACAAAGAUCACAGCACACAUCCCAACAUCUCAGUGGUGGUGUCCUCCGCUAUUGACUGUGAUGUUUUUGAGACGGAGCAUACAGAAACAUCUUUUAACCAACGAAAAGAUAAUACAGAAACAACACGAGGUGAAGAGAAAGACAGGACCACUGGGUGUGAGGUCGAGGAAAGCAUACAGACACAUCAUCACAUACAGGACACAAAUCAAGAUGUACAGUGUACAGAAAUGCAAGGACAUCAGGUUGAACAGAAUAUAGAAAAAGAGAAAAUUCAAGAUGAUCAGAACACAAAUCAAAACGAACAGAAUACAGGCAAACAGACGUGUCAGGAUGAACAGACUGAGAGGAAUUUAGAGACAGGUGGGGAAAGUACAUCACAGGAAGAAGACACACAGACUGACUCCAGUAAACAGGGAGAGGAAAUACGAACAGAAUGCUGCAAACAAGAAGAAGAAACUGAAGGUGUGUUGCCAAACAUCAUAGUGACUGAAGAAAAUGAGGAAAAUAGCCCAGAGAAAGAGGUACAGAUACAUGUUGUCCAGGAUCAAACAUCUAGAGAUCAACAGGAACAUUUGGAAAGGCCAGAAGACAGUUUGUUCAUCCACACAGCUAUAGAGGAAGCUGAGGAGACUCGGCUUGUUUGUGAAAACCGUGCUGAUGCCGACAAGGAGGAAGGGAUUCAGCAAGAGUUUGAUGUACGCCCUGAGGAGACCAUAGAGAUAUCAGACCCGUUAAAGAUGUAUGAGGAGAAAGAUGACAAGAUAUUGGAGGAUGACAGACAAGAUCUAAGCUUAGAAGAGAGUGCUGGUAAAGAAACAUUGCACCCAUCUGAAGCAGUGCUAACAUCAACCUCUUUAAAAAUAGAACAAGAAAGUGAAACCGAGAAUCUGGAUAGAUCAGCAGAUCCUCUACAGCAAUCCCAAUGUGACCUAGAGCACAGUGACAUGGACGCUACUGUUACUUCCGAAGAGAUGGCGCAUUGUCCAACAGAUUCCACAGUGGAGGAUGCAGUAGGAUCUGGCAACCCAGAGCAAAGUGAUGCGGAUUCUGCUGAUCGCACCAUCAUCCUUGAACCUCAGGAGGAGGAUGUAUCAGUAGCAUCUACACACUCUGUUGGCACAUGUAGUAAUAAAGAAAUCAUUGAGAUCAAUCCCAAAAAUAGUGAAGUAAAUGAAUCACUUGAAGCUGAAAAUACAGCAUGUUGUGAAGCCAAUACUGAUGAAUCAUGCAAUCGCACAACCAAUGUAGAGGAUGAUAUUUGUAGAUCGGUUUAUGGAGACAGCACCCAAAUACAUGCUGCUCCUGGAUCAGGAAAUCCUGAAUGCAACAGAAUAGACAUCACUGCUCAAUCUGGCAACCCAGAGAGCAUCAAUGUGUCCGUUUCAAGUGAAUCUGGCAACCCAGAGAACAACAGUGUGCCUGUUACAACUGAAUUUGGCAACACGGAGAGCCACAAUGUGCCUGAUACAAGUGAAUCUGGCAACCCAGAGAGCAGUAAUGUGCCUGAAUCAAGUGAAUCUGGCAACCCAGAGAGCAUCAAUGUGUCCGUUUCAAAUGAAUCUGGCAACCCAGAGAGCAACAAUGUGCCUGAUACAAGUGAACCUGGCAACCCAGAGAGCAACAAUGUGCCUGAUACAAGUGAAUCUGGCAACCCAGAGAGCAACAAUGUGCCUGAAUCAAGUGAAUCUGGCAACCCAGAGAGCAUCAAUGUGUCCGUUUCAAAUGAAUCUGGCAACCCAGAGAGCAACAAUGUGCCUGAUACAAGUGAAUCUGGCAACCCAGAGAGCAACAAUGUGCCUGAUACAAGUGAAUCUGGCAACCCAGAGAGCCACAAUGUGCCUGAUACAAGUGAAUCUGGCAACCCAGAGAGCCACAAUGUGUCCGUUUUAAGUGAAUCUUGCAACCCAGAGAACAACAAUGUACCCAUUUCAAGUGAAUCUGGCAACCCAGAGGAUUCUGCUGUUGGCAACCUUGAAAACAAUGAUGUGCAUGUUACAACUGGAUCUGGCAACCCUGAAUGCAAAAUGACAGAUGUUACUACUGAAACUGAAAAGCCAGAAAGCGAUGGCAUGGAAAUUGCUGUUGGAUCUGACAAUUCAGAGAGCAAUAUAGUUGGUUCUCCUGUUCAAAACCCAGAAUAUAAUGAUGUGCGAGUUACAGCUGGAUCUGGCGACACAGACAGCAAUAUUGUUGAUUCUGCUGUUGAAUCCGGCCACCCGGAUCACAAAGAAGUGCAUGUCACAACUGAAUCAGACAACUCAGAGACCAGCAGAGAGAAUGUAUCCACUGGAUCUACCAACCCAAAACACAAUGAAGUUCCUUCUACAAGUGAAUCUGGCAACCCUGAGAACAAUAUAGUAGAUUAUGCUGUUGGAUCUGGCAACCCAGAUUACAAAGGUGAUCAUAUCACAACCGGAUCUGACAACUCAGAGACCAGCAGAGAGUCCCUCUCUUCAAUUCCAUCUUCAAAAUCCCCAAACGUCCCACCAGCUCACCUCUGCGUGCGCAGGACUUCCAGCUCGAGGGUUUCCUAUCCCACAAUCCUCUCUGAGGACACCUUCAAAGAGCCCCAGCAGCAAGAACUCACACAAUCAGCACAGACAACAGACACACCAACACAAGACCCACACGCUCAGCCCAACUCACUGACAAAGGCAGGCACCCCAAAACGUCUGGGUCUGUUUCGCCGUCUCCGAGGGGAGACCAGUAAAGCCCCCGUCCCCAAAAUCCUCAUCCAGGACUUCAGCGAUAAAGAGGAGGGGCUGACGGCGAAGGAGAGGAGGAGGAGAAAGAGAGAGAAAGAGCGAAAAGAAAGAGAAGAGAAAGACAGAAAGAAACAAGAGAAGGAAAUGGAAAAGGACAAAGAAAAAGAAAGGAAGAAGCCUCAGACAAGAGGAAAGAGCUUCCAGGUGCUCAGCAGGAAGGGAGCAGAUAAUGCCGUGUCCCCCGGGAACAGUAACUCUCAGACAUCUCACGCCAGGAGAAACUCGGCCCCUUUUUCUGACGGUUAUUUUUAAAUAAUCAGAGACUCGAUCACACGUUUGUAUUUCCCAGUGGGAGUGAGAUGUUUUAAUGUGACUUGUGCAAUGAUCUAACGUGGCCUGUUAUAUUCACCGCUUCAUCUCUUAGUUUAAAACCAUAAUUAUUUUCACAGAAAAAUAAAAUCAGGAGGAGACA